GCUUAGGUAGGAGUCUAGAUAUCAUUUGUGUACGUUAAGUCUCAGUUUGUGUGACGCCUCUACACAUUAAACAUUUCCAAAAGGAAAUAAGAAAAGGUGGCCAUCAGGAAUCAGGUCAACAGAGACGUAUCACAGCCCUUGAAGUUCUCAGCUUUGAUGCAGUACAGUGUACCUAGUGCAAGAUGACGGAAGAGGUGAUUGUCAUCGCCAAGUUUGACUACAUGGCCCAGCAGGACCAGGAGCUGGACAUCAAGAAAAACGAGCGCCUCUGGCUCCUUGACGACUCCAAGUCCUGGUGGAGGGUUCGAAAUGCCACCAACAAAACAGGCUUUGUGCCAUCCAACUAUGUGGAGAGGAAAAACAGUGCCAGAAAAGCUUCUAUUGUCAAGAAUCUCAAAGACACACUUGGAAUUGGGAAGGUAAAGAGCAGAAAGGGGGGGGUGAGAGACACGGCGUCCAACUCCGACACAGACAUGUAUGCAGACAAUGGCGAGCGACUGUACGACCUCAACCUGCCUGCCCUGGUCAAGUUCAGCUACUCGGCCGAGCGUGAGGACGAGCUGUCUCUGGUGAAAGGCACACGGGUGGUGGUGAUGGAGAAGUGCAGUGACGGCUGGUGGCGCGGCAGCUACAGCGGACGAUCGGGCUGGUUUCCGUCCAACUAUGUGACGGAGGACGUGGAUGGGACGGCAGGGGGAGGGGGAAUGGGUGGGCUCAGUGACCCGGCGGGAUCGCUAACAGAGAAGCUUGCGGCUGUGGUGAACAGCACCACGAACGGGAACAGGGUGCUGCACACGGUUCAGGCACUCUACCCUUUCAGCUCGGGCAACGAUGAGGAGCUGAACUUUGAGAAGGGCGAGGUGAUGGAGGUCGUGGAGAAGCCAGAGAACGAUCCGGAGUGGUGGAAGUGCCGCAAAGCGGACGGACAGCUGGGCUUGGUGCCCAAGAACUACGUCACUGUGCUGGACUCCACCUCCCAUAAACCCACAGCAGGGCUCGCUGGGCCGCCCACUCCUGACUGUGACUACAUCUCGCCUUCGGGCAGCGGGCGCUUCGCAGGGAAGGAGUGGUACUACGGGAAGGUGACGCGCCAUCAGGCGGAGGUGGCGCUAAACCAGAGAGGCGCAGAGGGAGACUUCCUCAUCCGAGACAGCGAGUCAUCGCCAAACGACUUCUCCAUCUCCCUGAAGGCGCAGAGCAAGAACAAGCAUUUCAAAGUGCAGCUGAAGGAAAACCUUUACUGCAUUGGACAGCGCAAGUUCAACUCUAUGGAAGAGCUUGUUGAACACUACAAAAAAGCCCCCAUCUUCACCAGUGAGCAGGGAGACAAACUGUACCUGAUCAAGGCCUUGUCCGCCUCCUGAUCCCUCUCUGUUACACACACACACACACACAUGCACGCUCACACAAACACAGAGACACAAACACAACUACACAUUGUUAACUGCAUCCAUAUAUAGACAUACAGAUACUUACGCCAGAACAUACACUAACAUUUAAACGCCAAGCCUGAGGACUUAACACAUCAUCAGGACUUCAAUGCCCAAUUUGUGAGCAUUCCAAGAGGAGGUAUGGAAGCAACAGCAUGGGAGAGACUCGGAGGAAUGGAGGGGGGGGAGACAAAAAGACUAUGGACUCCUGAGAGUUGACUACAGACCUCUUGGUCGCCUAUUUUAAAUUAUCCAGAUGUGUUAGUUCAUAGGCAAUGCCAUGUAUUUCCACCUUGAUAUCUAUU